AUGGCGUCGGUCAAGAGUUUAGACGUUCAAAGUGUUCAAGUAUGUAAAUCCGAAUCCGAAUCAGCACUUUCAUUCUACAUUUGCGAACGAAUUCAAGGGGUAGCUUCGACAGAGUACGAGAAGCAGUCGGCUACUCGGAAUACUACAAUAUCGAACGUCAAUGACGUACUUAUGGAAGACCCAAAGAAGCAUGCGCCAUUUGCCCAUCCAAAGAACCCGGAAAUCUCUAUUUUCACAACAUAA